UUUUUCCGGGGCAGUGGGGACUGCUAGAAAGAGAGAGCUGUCGUCAGAAAUUGGAAGACUACACACUAGUCAACAUUCUAGGUUGGUAUUCUUCCAAUGCUGCCAUUAUAAAGGUUUUAUUUUUUUAUUCGUGAAAACUUGCAAAGAAAUGGAAAUUCUUUUUUUAAAGUUUAUUUUCAUCAUCCUCUUAUUGCUUUUCUUCGCUGGACUCUCAUGUGAAACUGAUAUCUUCACCUCAUCCACCAAUCUUAGUGAUGGUAGAACCUUAGUUUCUAGUGAUGAAAGCUUUGAACUGGGCUUCUUCAGUUCAGGAAGCUCUGCCAAGAGCCGUUACUUGGGAAUUUGGUACAAGAAUAUCCCAAUUCAAACUGUUGUUUGGGUUGCAAACAGGUGCGACCCGAUAAAUGACACAUCUGGUGUUCUGAUGAUAAACAGCACAGGCAAUCUGGUACUCCUCAGUCAAAGCAGGGGUGUUGUUUGGGCAUCAAAUUCAAAGAUAGAAGCUCAAAACCCGGUAGUGCAGCUCCUGGAUUCUGGAAAUCUUGUUCUAAAGGAUAGUAUUGCCGGUAAGUCAGAAAUACUUUUGUGGCAAAGCUUUGACUAUCCAGCUGAUACUUUGUUGCCAGAGAUGAAACUUGGAUGGGACUUAAGGACUGGUCUUAAUCGACAAUUAUCGGCAUGGAAGUCCCCAGAUGAUCCAUGCCCUGGAGACUUAAUUUAUGGGGUAUUGCCAUAUAAUAAUCCUGAUACAGUUCUUUGGAAAGGCUCGCAGAGAUACUAUCGGUCAGGCCCCUGGAAUGGCAUUGGAAUGAGUGGUUUACCCCAAUUGAGGCCAAAUCCGUGGUUUACGGUCAACUUAGUCUCAAAUGAAGAGGAGGUUUACUACAUUUUUCACCUCAACAAAAAAUCAGCAAUCACAAGGCUUAUUGUGAACCAAACUACCAGUAGGGGGGAACGCUAUUUGUGGAAUGAAUACACUAGGACUUGGACAGUGUCCAACCAUUUUCCAUGGGAUGACUGUGACAUCUAUGGGACUUGUGGGGCAUAUGGGAGUUGUGUCAUUACAGCACUACCGCCUUGUCAAUGUUUAAGAGAUUUCAAGCCGAAAUCACAAGAAGAAAGCUCAGUGGACUGGCAUCAGGGAUGUGUGCGCAAUAAACCUUUAGAUUGCCAUACAGGUGAUGGAUUUAUCAAAGUUGGUGGUCUGAAACUGCCAGAUACUGCACAUUCUUGGGUGAAUAAGAGUAUGAACCUCAAGGAGUGCAGGGCUAAAUGCUUAGAGAAUUGUUCUUGUAUGGCCUAUACAACCUUGAAUAUUAAAGAAUCCAGCGGUUGUGCAAUUUGGUUUGAUGAUCUAAUUGAUCUUAAACUGGUCCAAUCUUCUGGACAAGAUUUAUAUGUUCGAGUGGCUGCUUCUGAUUCAGACCAUGAAGAGACAAAAGGCAAGACUAAAAUGAUGGCAGGACUGAUAAUUGUAGCUGUCAUUCUUGUAGUUACUGGUGUUUUUGUAAUCACCUACUACAUUCGAAGGAGCCAUCGGAACAUAGAAGGGAGAGAAAAUGGCUGCAGUGAUGAAAGGCAAAUUGAAGAUAUGGAACUCCCAUUGUUUGAGGUAGCUUUAAUAUCAAAUGCCACCAAUAACUUCUCUUCAAACAAUAAGCUUGGAGAAGGUGGCUUUGGGCCUGUAUACAAGGGUACUCUGCCAGAUGGAAAAGAAAUUGCUGUGAAGAGGCUCUCAAGAAGCUCUGGACAAGGAAUAGUUGAGUUUAAGAAUGAAGUAGCACUUAUAGCCAAACUUCAACAUCGAAAUCUUGUAAAGCUUCUAGGAUGCUGCAUUCAAGGGGAGGAGAAAAUGCUAAUUUAUGAAUAUAUGCCCAAUAAAAGUUUGGACUGCUUCAUUUUUGAUCGUACAAGAAGGAAUCUAUUAGACUGGCCAAAGCGUUUUCACAUUAUUUGUGGAAUUGCUAGAGGACUUGUCUAUCUACACCAAGAUUCUCGAUUGCGGAUCAUUCAUAGAGAUCUCAAAGUAAGCAAUGUUUUGCUUGAUAGUGAAAUGAACCCCAAAAUUUCUGACUUUGGCAUGGCUAGAGCAUUUGGAGGAGAACAAUUUGAGGGGAACACAAAGAGAGUAGUUGGAACCUAUGGUUAUAUGGCGCCAGAAUAUGCCAUUGAUGGGAAAUUCUCAGUAAAAUCUGAUGUUUUCAGCUUUGGUAUAUUGUUGUUGGAGAUAAUAAGUGGGAAGAAGAAUAAAGGGUUUUACCAUCUCAAUGACAACCUUAACAUUAUUGGACAUGCUUGGAGAUUGUGGAAAGAAGGAAAUGCUUCAGAAUUGAUUGAUUCAUUUGUGCAAGAAUCUUGCACUCUAUCAGAAAUAUUAAGGUGCAUCCACAUUAGUCUCUUAUGUGUUCAACAACAUCCUGAGGACAGGCCGACUAUGUCAUCUGUGGUUUUAAUGCUGGGUGGUGAGACUGCACUGGUAAAACCCAAAGAACCUGGUUUCCUUUUUGACAAGAAAUCACUUGAAACAAAUUCUUCAGCCAGCAAGCCUGAAUCAUCUUCAACAAAUGAACUUAGCCAUUCAGUGUUGGAGCCUCGAUAAAGAUCUUUCAGGGUUGUAGUGGACCUUUGGCAGUGGUGACUGGGACUAGCUAGCUUCAGCCCUAAUAUAACGGCAUAGCAAGCUCUGGUAUAUGGGUCUUUGAUGCUUCUUGUGUGUAGGAGUUAGAAUUCUCAUUGCACUUGGAAGUAAAGCAAAUCGACUAGUGGUUGCUAUUGUCUUGUAUGUAGGAGUUAGAAUUCUCAUUGCCUUUGGAAGUCAAGCAAAUCGAUUCGUGGUUGCUGCUGGUUACAUCAUUCUGAAUUGCUUUAUAUGCAUCUUGUUAUUUAGAGUACAUCUAUGGAAUUCAUAAGCCCAGUCCCGAACAUCCAAUGGAUAUUUAGAUUACAUUGCUUUUAUGGGACAAAUAUAGGAUUCAAGUCUUA